CGACGUCGUACAGAAAGUGAAACCGCGACGAAAACAUCACUGAGUUUUUCCGUAGAUUUACCAAGCCAUUCAAUUUAACCCACGGACACGUUCUGAGGCAACCAGGCAGCCGUACAUCAUCAGCACACGCCAUCAGAGACAGACACAAGCAAAGUUGCCAGCUGGUGUGCUGCUGGCAGCACAGGUAAAGAGCGCCCUCAUGUGUUCAUGAGCUGCUGUGCCGGGUGCUCUAUGUUCAAGAGGCGACGUGACGCCGGGGUCAACAAUCACCCGGUGGUGUCUGCAGAACAGAAUGCUGCUCCACUCCGCCGCUCCACCCCAAAGCAAGAGGAGUCCAUUGCCCACCAUAGCAACAACUCGGCCCAAGUUAGACCCCAUCAUACAGCAGCUGUGCCUCUCCGUCCAGACCCAGUCUCAUCACGCCAAGGAUAUAAAGACAACAUGGUAGCAGAAAGAAAACCUCCUUUUGUACGGGAUCCUUUGACCCUCUCAGUAGACUUCAUGGUGAGGUAUGUUGGUAUGAUCGCCUCAGCUCAGGGUCUACAACAUUCACAAGAAGACCACCUUGAUCUCAUCCAAGCCCUAGACCAAGCACAGAUGGAUGGUCAGUUCAAGUUUGCUGAGACUGAUCAGGACUUUGUCACGUUGAAUCUCUCCAAGUAUGGCAUCAAGAUUCUAGAGAAGAUCCCCCAAGAUAGAUUUCAGAUUCCACCCGGUAUCAGACCGCCACAGGUUGUUAGAUGGAGACAUGGUCUGGUAGAAAUCAUCCGAGCUGUUCACUAUGAAGAUAGUUUAGGGCGACAAUUGAUGGCAGUCAAGCUAGGUCAAGAAGGAGAAGAACUUUAUGACUGUCUCCUAUUUGAAUGUACUCACCAGCCCCAGGCAACACAGAUUUGCAAGUGCCUUGAACUGCUAUUCAAUGCUGUGUGCCAGUUUACACCACUGUGACACAUCUUGACACUUUCCUGAGGGUUCCUAGCUGUAGUUUCAAGCUCGGUGUAUGUGAUAACACCUGCUUCACCAAUCCAUGUCAUCUUGCCCUACACUCAUUUGUAGUGUAAUAGCUGAUGUUUAAUAUAUCUCCAUCAUCGGAGCCUUCUGUGACACCAAUCCAGUUACACUCUACUCCGGUGUUAGUGUCAGAUCCAUUGUGUACCUUGACAAGACACCUAUCUACUAUGGUGUUCCUGGACAUUUGUUCAAGAUUGGUGUUACAUAAGCCCAUUCCACUUCUUCCUUAACACUCUGCUCUGGUGUUAGAGCCUGCUGAUGUAUUGAGGAUCCUGACACCAACCAACUCAUCUGACAAUGCCGACACCAAGACUAACACCAUAGAAAACAGUAUUACUUGCGAUACUUGUAGCUUUAUUUUCUAUUCCUUAUUCUAUCACCUCGUGUCUUGGCUCAUCUUUAGUGCUUCCAACAAAUUGCGCUUCCAGGUUCUGCAAGUGUAGUAGAAAACACUUGAUGAUUUGAUCUUCCAUGUAUGAGAUAAGUUUGAUAAUGUCACAAUUCAUUUUUAAGCAUCACUCAAUUAUAUGUGAUGCCUCUGUCAAACAGCCUGAAUCUGGCUGCAUGUAUAUGUCUUCCAUGUGUAUUCAUCAUGACUUUUACUUAAAAAUCUCAGCCAAACCUUGCUCUACAUAGGGGAGUGUUUCAUGAUGUAAUUUUCACUGAUAAAAGCUUCUGGAACACUGUUGAAAAUGGGUGAUCACAAAGAAACCGAGGAUAGUAGUUACAAUAAUAUAAUGCUUUUGAUUUGUGUUUCUAAAUUCUGUACUUAUUCAAAGUAAACUGAAAUCUCAAAUAAUGGUUAUUGUUAGGUAGUGUGACUAAUAUAAAAUUCUUGACUUGCGGAAGUUAAAACUCAUGGAGGAAGACCUCAGAAAUUCUACCUGAAAAGAUGUAAUUCACAAUUUAUGUAUUCUCGUCCAAGAAA